CCUCUCUGUUCCAGUGUGUUUACUACACUGCCGAGCAUAAGGGAGACACUCGUCUUCACAUGCACUGAUCCCACUAAGAAAAACAGUUUUUAGUUGUAUUUGUAAGAAAACCUCCAAGAGAUCAACAUGCCCAAGAGAAAGAGUUCGGGAGCAGCAGCCGAUGAGGAGCCCAGGAGAUCAGCUCGGUUAGCGACGAAACCGCCUCCACCCAAGCCGGAACCAAAGGCCAAGAAGGCAGCAAAGAAAGAAAAGGCUGUGAAUGACAAGAAGGAGGACAAGAAGACCAAGAAGGCAAAGGAGAACGCAGAGGUGGAGGCAAACGAGGAAAACCACUCUGAGAACGGAGAGGCCAAGACCAACGAGGUGGAGGCAGCCCCAGAGGAGGCCAAGGAGGAGGCCAAGUCCGAGUAGCACCACUGCCCAAGCUUCCUCCUCCUCUAAUAGGCUCCCCCU